AUGGGAGACUGGUCCAUUCUUGGCCGCUUCCUAACCGAGGUUCAGAACCACUCCACAGUCAUUGGCAAGAUCUGGCUGACCAUGCUGCUCAUCUUCCGCAUCCUGCUCGUGGCCCUGGUGGGGGAUGCUGUCUACAGUGACGAACAGUCCAAGUUCACCUGCAACACCCUACAGCCCGGCUGCAACAACGUCUGCUAUGACACUUUUGCUCCUGUCUCGCAUUUACGCUUUUGGGUCUUUCAGAUUGUUCUCGUCUCCACACCUUCUAUCUUCUACAUCGUCUACGUCUUGCAGAAAAUCACCAAGAAUGAAAAGAUAGAGGAUAAGAAGGUUGAACCCAGGUCGUCAACUUCACUUGACAAGGACAUACACAUAGGAGCAGAUAAAGAGGUGACGCUGGAAGCCGGCGGUCCUUACAACACGAUCUAUAACACUGAGGACUGGAGCUCACAGGAAGGUGAGUGUAAGGAGAGGAGUGAGCUGGAGGAGGACACCAGAGAGGUCGGAGAGGACCCAACUCAGCUCUCCAGCCAAGUGCUACUCAUCUACAUCAUCCAUGUGUUGCUGCGCUCCAUCAUGGAGAUCAUUUUCCUCAUUGGGCAGUACUACCUAUUUGGAUUUGAAGUUCCCCACCUUUUCCGCUGUGAGACCUACCCCUGUCCGAACAGGACUGACUGCUUCGUGUCUCGAGCAACAGAAAAGACCAUCUUUCUCAACUUCAUGUUCAGUGUCAGUCUUGGCUGCUUUAUCCUGAACAUUGUGGAGCUGCAUUACCUCGGCUGGAUUUAUAUUUUCAGGGUCUUAUUCUCUGCAUGCUGUAUAUGCUGUGAUAGAAACCCCAGGCAGCAGGUGGAUUUAUACUCCGAUAACAACCCACUGUUGCUGGAGCUCAAACACUCUCUGCGCGGCAGGGUCGUCCUUCAGACCACCUCUACCGUGUCCCGGGACAAGAGCAGCGGCAUCCCAAACCAGGGCCCGGCCAUCUCGUUUGAGACGGACUCCACACUGGAGUGCACUUCCAAGAGAAAUCCAGAUGAAAAGGAACGCGGCAAGACCAGACUGCACAAUAUGGCAAAAAUCGGACGGGGCAAAAAGUCAUGGCUGUGA